AUGGUGAAAAAUUUGUUCAAAAAAUACUACUACAAGAAGUCCAGACAGGGGCACUCACAUGCCGAUCCCGCUGGAGACGGUGAGCAGUCUGUGUUGUCCAACGAGAGUGAGAGCAGUAGUGUUCGUAGCAGCUCAAAGAUACCAAAGAUAGAAGCAUAUGGCACGGAGCCUGUGUCGGACUACACUAUAUUUCCUUACAACGAAAGAGUGAUAGAGUCUAAGGAUUAUCUGAAGUACUUGGCAAGGUCUCCGAUGAAAAGGUCGGCCCACUAUGUCAAAAACCUUUUUCCAAUUUUCUCAUGGAUAGGAUACUACCCAACACAGCCCAAAUGGAUUGCCUCGGACUUCAUCACAGGUGUUUCCGUUGCAAUUGUUUUGGUGCCACAGGCUAUGUCCUACGCAAAGCUAGCAGGAUUGGACCCCGUGUACGGGCUUUACUCUUCUUUCAUUGGUUUGAUGAUGUAUGCGCUUUUCGCAACUUCAAAAGAUGUCUCCAUCGGCCCCGUCGCAGUUAUGAGCUUGGAGGUUUCCAAGAUCAUCAACCGGGUUCAAGACAAGUACGGUGAUCUGUACACGGCCCCUGAAAUUGCUACCACUCUUGCGCUAUUGUGUGGUGCUAUCACUUUGGGUGUCGGUCUUUUAAGACUCGGGUUCUUGGUGGAAUUAAUUCCGUUGCCUGCAGUAAUGGCUUUCACAACAAGUUCGGCCUUUAAUAUCAUUGCGAGCCAGUUACCUGGCUUGAUGGGCUACUCGAGUAAGGUCAACAACCACGUGGCUUCUUACAAAAUCAUCAUCAAUUUUCUAAAGCAUUUGCCAGACACAACAGUAGAUGCUGCUUUCGGUCUUGUUGGACUUUUUAUCUUGUACCUCUGGAAAUACUUCUGCCAACACAUGAUCAAGAGGUAUCCGAAGAAGGCCCUCCUUUGGACUUAUGUUUUGAACUUAAGAACUGCGAUUGUCAUCAUCUUCUCAACACUAAUUUCCUUUCUCAUUAUCCGUCAUCACAGGGAACACUCUCCUUUUUUGGUCACCGGUGAAGUCAAGGCCGGAUUGCAAAAUCUUGGUAUGUUCACGCCACCUGCCAAUCUUGCAUCUCGUAUUGCGCCGGACUUGCCUGUUGCAACAAUCGUGUUGGUUCUUGAACACAUAUCCAUUGCAAAGUCAUUUGGCCGCUUGCACGACUACAAAAUAGACCCAAACCAAGAAUUUAUUGCCAUUGGGGUUACUAACCUUGUUGGAACUUUUUUUAGUGCCUACCCUGCCACAGGAUCAUUCUCACGUACUGCAUUAUCUUCCAAAUGUGGUGUGAAGACCCCAUUGGCUUCUAUUUUCGCUGGGUUUUGUGUUUUGCUAGCAAUUUACUGUUUCACAGACGCUUUUUUCUACAUCCCAAAGGCAACGUUAUGUGCAAUCAUCAUUCACGCUGUGAGUGAUUUGAUGGCUUCUUAUACAGCAACCUGGAAGCUGUACUUGAUUCAGCCCUUGGAUUGCGGAAUCUUUCUCGUUGGUGUCUUUAUUGGAGUUUUUGCUUCCAUCGAAUACGGUAUUUAUUGGGCAAUGUGUGCUUCAUGUGCCCUCAUAAUUUGGAGAAUGUGUUGGACAAACGGUACUUUCAUGGGGCGUAUCAAGGUUGCCUUUAUAAACUCAGGUCUCAUCUCAAUGGCAGAUUCUUAUAUGAGUGUAGGCAGUUACAAGGCCACUGAUUGUAAUGAGCUCACAGAUUCAAUGGAUCGAGAUAUUGUUUCUUAUACCUAUAAAUGGGUGCCUUUAUCCAUAGAGAAUACAAAUCCAGACAAAGUUCACACGAGAUUCAUCAAUGAAAGAAUUGAUAUUGAACUGCCACCACCAGGAGUGAUUGUUUACAGAAUGAAUGAGAGCUUUGUGUAUCCCAACGCCUCUGCUCAGACUGACAACAUAAUCGAUUACAUCAAAAAAAACACACGUUCUUCCGGGCAAAAAAGAGAGAUUUUGUGGAAUAACAUUGGUGAGCAUCAGAAGCUAGAUUGGAAUUGGAAUUGGAAUACACAAUCAGAAACCUACUAUGAUAAAGAUGUUUCAAGAAUCAUUUUGAAACCGAAGCUCAAGAUUCUACACUUAGACUUCUCCCAAGUUGUUGCAAUCGAUGCAACAUCUAUACAAGCGCUUAUUGAUAUGAAGAGAGCAAUAAGUUUACACACAGAUUCCGAGUUUGAAAUGCAUUUCUCAGGAAUAAUCAACCCGUGGGUUAUCCAUGGGUUGGUUAAUGCUGGCUUUGGUGGCAAGGCUGGUGAUCCAACUCCAAACAAAAAGACAGCUGAUCAUGAUGUUGAGGAUCAUGCAGUUGAAGUGGAUAUGCCUCGGACGAGCGUUGAAACCGACAGGUACAUUAGUGCAGCCUUUGGAAGCAAUGGUGUGCUAUAUCCUGUCUUUGGUACGAACCUUCCUAUGUUCCAUUUGGAUAUCCCAUCAUAUGCAGAGUAUGAUUGA